CGGGAGCGGAGACAGAGCACUGGGCUUUGGGAGGCAUGGACUCGGGACGAGGCAGAGAGGGGGCUGUCUCGUGCCCCUCGGUCCAGCACGCGCCUUGGCUAGAGGGCGCAAGCCCUGGACCCGGUCCGGACCGCGCCGCGGGCUCAGGGACCUCAGCCGGACACCCCACCUGCAGGGGCCAGGCAGGGUUCGGAACGGGGCCGGUGGGAGACCCCGCCUUUCGUGUGCGUUGGUCGGGGGAGGAAACGCGGGCCCCUGGGACUCCGGCCUACGCCGUCCGCCCUGGAGAGCACGUGCCUUUGAGUCACCUCCGGAGCCUCCUGUCCCGCGUCUCCGCCCACCACCUGUGAUAGGUGCUCCCUCGUGGCGCCAGGGGGCUCGCCCGCUGCCCGGCUUUAAAAAGCGCAUCGCUGCUUCCUCGGCGAAGCUUCAAGCAUCGGAGACCGCGGGCUCCACGGGGCGUCUCAGCUCCUCAGGGCCGCGCCGAAGACUCCGAUGGCUCCGCGGGGUCGCUCCGGCCGGCAGCCGGGACCCGAAGCGCUCUCCAAGGGCUCCGGGCGGCGGGCACUCGGGCGCGCCCCGGCGCUCGGCUCCGAGCGGGGACCCAGGCCGAGGCUCCGGCACCUCCUCGCCCUGAUCUUCGUCCUUUUUCCUCCGGAUGUCAGCUGCCUUCCCGUUAACUACAUUGCCAAACUGGAUGCCAGAUGGAACUCCUCGCAGAAGUGUCAGCCAGGGUUCUAUCUGUCAGAGCACAGUGGCACGUGUAUGCCUUGCACAGCUGGAAAGGAUUUCACCAAUCAUUCGAACAGCCUCCCUGCUUGCCAGCUCUGUUCUGAGUGCUUCCAAGAUAAAGAAAUAAUAGCUCUGUGCACCAGGACCAUGGACACCCAGUGUCGCUGCAAACUCGGCACGUUCCAGGAUGAGAAUUCUCCUGAAUUAUGCCAGAAGUGCAGUCCUGGGUGCCCUGCUGGCAAGGUUGAGGCCAGACCCUGCACCCCCUGGAACGACCUUGAGUGUGUGGACCAAGAAUCAGGUACACAGGCCAGUGGGAAGACCCUGGUACCUGGAGCCACCACCAGCCUGGAGCCGCCUGUCACUCCCUCUCCCUCCUCAGGCACCUCACAGCUGGGAAUCAUAAUUACAGUCGUCACUGUUGGGGCUGUCUUCCUGCUGCUGCUGCUGCUGCUGCUUGCAUGGCUGUGUCGUCACCGGAUCACUGCCUUUCAAGGUUGUGGGGUGGACUCCAGCUGCAUAAACAGAGUCUUUCAGUGGUACUCAUGUGCUCCAAGGGGGCCCGAGGCUCAGGACAAUGCCCUCAACACCAUCCGCAGCGGCAGAUACUCGCUUUCCACGCCCACCUCUCAGGAGGAACUGGAGCACCAGAAGCAGGCACAGCUGGCAGGUGUCACAGAACAGUCCCCAGGAGAAGCAGAGUGUCUGCUGAGACCAGCUGGACCUACGGGAUCUCAGAGGAAAAGGGAGCUGCUGGUUCCAGCAAAUGGCGCAGACCCCAUAGAAAGCUUGAGGCCGUUCUUCGAUUACUUCAUAGAGAUCGUGCCCUUUAAUUCCUGGAAACCUCUCAUGCGGCGGAUGGCCCUCACCAGCAAUGAGAUGCAGGUGGCCGAAGCCCAAGCAUCGCAGCCUCAGGAGCAGGUCUAUGAAAUGCUGGUGACGUGGGUCAACAAGACAGGGCGGGCCAUCUCUGUCAACACCCUGCUGGACGCCUUGGAGAGCCUGGGGCACAGAAACACGAAGGAAAAGAUUCAGGACCACCUGGUGGCAUCUGGGAAGUACGUCUAUGCAGAAGAUGCUGCUGUUUCCUGAGGGAAAAGGACCUCUUUAGGAGAACAGAGCUUUCUCGUUUGCCUUUGCUUCUGCAAAGGGAGGCAAACUGAACACUAGCCUGGAAGAAACAGGCAGUCCUUGACCAGUACUUGAAGCAGCUGUAUUGUCCAGAAGUCCACAGGUCUUGAAGUGUCCUGGAACUUUUUCAAUGUUUUUACAGUAAUUUUUACGAAAUGUUUGUUGAUAGUUAUAUGUUCACAUGUGUACUAAAGGUUGUUUUAGUUGUUUUUCCUUUUUAUAAACUUGCAUUUUUUACUUUGUUAUUU